CAAAGCGUCUUGCGUAUUUCUUGCACAUUUUUUAGACAGAGCCUGCUUUUCUCGUUAGCGGCGAAGCACCUGUUCGCCGUGUUGUUUUGACAUACUGUCAUCAUGCUGUGAUCAAAACAUGCUGCUGUUGUUAUUUCAUCUCCAUGCUGUAGAUUGGGUUUCACUGGAUUGGCCGAGGGACAUGCCAUUCAAUACACCCUUCCUGCCUGCAUGGUGUAAACGGCAUGGACAUCGCGCAUUCCAGUGGGUCUAAAUAUAUCUAUUAAGGCCAGCGGAGGGGGGAGGACUGGUGAAGAAGUUCUAUCCUGGGACAUUUCACUGUCGUGGUGAACUCGCACCACUUGAAUUAUCUUCCGGAGAUUGACAAUCGGUUAUUGUGCACACAGCAGAGGAGAACUUGGCCCUUUGCAAACAUGCCCUCGAGUUCUAACGUGAGAUCCAGGGCGCGGGAGAGAAACAGCGUCCUGAGCAGACCCGAGUUCAUAUCCCUCAACCAGCCCCUCCGCGGCGGCGGCGGCGCCGGCCCCUCUGAGAGCCGCGGCAGCUCCAGGCGGCCGGGCCAAAUCAAGAACCAAACGAGCCAGCAGAGCGAGGAAUCCGCCGACAGUGGCAGCAAGGACCGGAGAGAGUCCACCAAAAUGCCAGAGGAAGACUGCAUGCAGCUGAACCCUUCCUUCAAGGGGAUAGCCAUGAACUCCCUCCUCGCCAUUGACAUCUGCCUGUCCAAGCGCAUGGGUGUGUGCGCCUACACGUCGUCCCCGUGGGGAGGCUGCCGCUCCAUGGUCGCCCUGCUGGCGCUCACUGGGCACGGCAUCACGUGGAUCAUUGGCACCAUUGUGUGUCUCACGCGGAGUAACACUCUGGCGGGACAAGAGGUCCUUGUCAACCUGCUGCUCGCCCUCAUCCUUGAUGUCAUGACCGUGGCGGGGGUCCAGAGGCUGGUGAAGCGGAGGGGGCCCUGGGAGAUGACGCCGGGCUUCCUGGACUGCGUCGCCAUGGACGUGUACUCCUUCCCCGCGGCUCACGCCAGCCGGGCGGCCAUGGUCUCCAAGUUCCUGCUGUCCCACCUGGUCCUGGCCGUGCCGCUCCGCAUCCUGCUGGUGCUGUGGGCCUUCCUGGUGGGCGUGUCCCGCGUCCUCCUGGGCAAGCACCACCUGACGGAUAUGGUGUGCGGCUUCGCCCUGGGCAUGUUCCACUUCAGCCUGAUGGAAACGGUGUGGCUCUCGUCGAGCACCUGCCAGACUAUCAUUUCCAUCAGCACGUUCAGCUGGAGCCCCUCCUUCUGAGCUCUUCGCGCGGGGCUUAGCACGCAGGGCUCGCUUGACGCUCUAACCCGGCAAUAUCGAGGACCCGCGCAGGUCUCGCGAAGUUAGUUUUUAAAUACAGGCUGCGAACGGAAGGAACACUCAUUUUGCGGAUGCUAAUUUGCAUGUUAAUACCAAGCAGGUCAGGAGACCUUCAUAACUCCUCUGAAAAUCUAGCGUCACACGCCUUUACUGCUGCUUAGAUUCGAUGCAAUACUAACAACAAAGAGCAGAAAUAGGAAAACUGACAAACAAUUUGACGAAGGUUAAGAUUUCUUUUUAAUUUCUCCUUGUAUUCUGGACCGCUAGCUCCAUCCCACUUCCACGUUUUUUCUCCCCUCUCUCUUUCCUGCCUUUCUUUUAGUUUGGGAUAGUAGAACAGUGAAAGCAACACUGAACAGUUUGGUGGUAGGGCCGUAGUACUCGAUGUAACGUUAGCUUAUGUAAAGAUAUCGCUGUGUGGUUACUCCACAUCGUUCCCAGUUGGCAUGACUGAUUAUAUUUGUGUAUUUCUGAUGGAAUUGUGUUCCUUUUUACUUAUUUGUUACUUGCGAAUCGGCUCAAUUUAUUGCAGACGAAAUGCCACGCAAUUUAGUAUUUUUCUUUCCUUCAGUGUGGCAUUUGUAAUCUAAUGAAUCUUUUUUUUUCUAAUUUAACCAUAUGGUUAUUAUUUCACUGCAGAUAUUUCUCUUCAGCCUUUUUCUGUCAUUAGACUCUGCACAUUAGCCUAACAGAUAGUUUAUGUCUGUGCCAUAUGUCUAUGCCCCACUAAACAACUGAAGCGUAUGUAGGUGUGUGCGUGUGUGCACGUCAGCACCCUCAGCAAAACAGUGUACCUGCCUGAAAUUUAUUUUCAUUUUUUUCAUUUGUUGGUUCGUUUUUUAUCGACUUUUGAAUGAAAUCCGCUGGAUUUUUGUGGCGAGUGUAUCUCCGGUGCUCUGGUUUGACACGGCUGAGUGCAGUUUAGGUGUAGAGUAGUUGGCUUUGUUCUGUACAGGGAUCUGUAUGUGAUGUUUUUACUUUGCUGCUCCGUCUCUGUAAUAAACGAGGUGGGCUGUCGGAAUAAUA